AUGAGUACAGAUAUUGACCGCAUAGCAGCAGGGUUUGAACUCUUCGAUGUUCUAUGGGCAGGGCCUGUGGAGUUUGCCAUUAGUACCUAUCUGCCCUACCUGGAGAUCGGAGCAUCAUGCGUCGUCUCAAUACUCUUGGCGACUUGUUUCGUCACGGUCUGUCUUGCCAUUGGCAAGAUGUCUGCCUCUGCCCAGAAAGAAUUGGUUGAAGCAGUGCAGCGCCGCGUAUCUGCAACUGUCUCUGUGUUAUCUAAUAGGAAAGGAGUGAAGAUGACCGGCUUGUCUAGAUUUGUUGAUGCAGAGCUUCAAGGCUUGCGUGUCACCGAACUACAGAUUUCCAGAAAGUUCCGAUGGAUAUUGACGGCUUCUGCAACCAUCAGUAACAUGUCGACGCCAGCUCUUUCCACCGCCACACUUACAGUCUACGUUCUUGUAUCGCGCUCAAGUACUGGGAUAAAUCUCGGAUCAGCCCUUGCGUUUACUAUGAUAUCCCUUAUAUCCUUGCUGGCCAGCUCCGUCCAGGAGCUGUCAGUAGCAAUUCCCCAAAUGGCCGCGGCCAUGGGAUGUUUCCAGCGCAUCCAGAAAUAUCUAAUGACUCAUUCCGCGCAUCGUUGUGACAGAAAACAAGCAGAGGUGUCCAAAUCGCUGACGGACAAUAAUAUGGAAAUGCAAUGUCUUAUGGUUACUCCCGAUCAUAGUAACAGAAAGGGACUUCUGCUUUCGGUAAAUAAGGGCGAUUUUGCAUUUAAGGCUACAACAGAACCCACCUUACACAACAUCACCAUGCAGCUCCCCGAUAAAACCUGGACUGUUCUACUGGGACCAGUGGGAAGCGGAAAAAGCGCAUUGUUGCUGGCGCUGCUAGGCGAACUCUCUCUCACAAAUGGAUCGGUUUACAAACAGCCAUUUUUGCAGCUUGCCUAUUGUACCCAAGACCCGUGGCUACCUAACCUGACGCUCCGCCAGGUCGUUAUCGGUAAUUCUAACUUUGAACAUAACUGGUACUCGACUGUGAUAGAUGCAUGCGCGUUGGCCCGGGACCUGGACGAGCUGCCCUCGGGCGACCAGACGAUGAUCGGUACCAACGGUUUGAGCUUGAGCGGUGGACAGAAACAGCGGCUCAGCUUGGCAAGGGCAUUGUAUUCACGGAAGCAAUUGCUUUUGUUGGACGAUAUUUUGAGUGGGCUUGAUCCAGCUACUGAGCAGCGGGUCGUCGAACGCGUUUUUGGGCAGAAUGGCCUAUGUCGUAACAAUGGGGUGACCGUAUUACUGGCCAUACACUCUGUCCGUCACGUAUAUAGAGCGGAUCACGCCAUCGUCAAGGGCAUUGGAGGCAAGAUAUUGGAACAAGGACCUCCACGGAGCCUCUCUUCUUUUAAAGACAUUGGCGGGAGCGCCCAGAGCAACAAAUCUGAUACGGCCAUACCCUCUGGCGAUCAUACUGGCGUCAUUGGCAACGCAUCCUAUGAACAUGAUGUUCUGGAACAUGAUGCAAUCCAGGAUGAGCUAUCGCGCCAAGCUGGAGACAUGCGUCUGUACGGUUACUAUUUGAAGGCAAUUAGAUGGGCCAAUGCUAUUGGACUAGUCGUUGGCGAUACUCUUUACGCCUGUUGUCUCAAAUUUCCAACUGUAUUGCUUAAUUGGUGGUCUGUCGCAGAGGCUGAGUCUCCUGGAACCCUCACAGACAUGUACCUGGGCAUUCACGGCAUGUUUUCCCUCAUCUGCCUCAUAUCGUUCUUGCUGGUCGUCAUCCUGCUUCUUCACGAUAUUUCAUUGAUUGACAUGCAGCUUCUACUCGCGUUCCUCAACUCAAUGUAUCUCACAGCGCUCUGCCUUAUUGAGGCCAUCCUCAUUGCAUCAACAUCUAAAUGGUCACUCGCAAUUUAUCCCGAAAUACUGGCGGUUUUGUAUGUUUUGCAAAAGUUCUACCUGCGUACCUCGCGUCAACUCUGGUUGCUUGAGCUCGAGGCCAAAUCCCCGCUCUAUUCGCAGUUCUCAGAGACACUAAAAGGAUUAGUCACUAUCAGAGCCUUUGGUUGGCAGCAGGUAUCGGUGGAGCGAAAAUACAACUUGUUAGAUGAGUCACAGAAGCCCUAUUACCUGCUUUGGGGCAUCCAACGCUGGCUAAGCUUGGUACUGGACUUCAUAGUCACCGUCUUGGCCACUUCAAUAAUGGCACUGGCUACACAGUUAGGGGAGUCAUCCGCCGGCUCGCUGGGUGUUUCCUUAGUGAGCAUACUAACAUUCAGUCAAAACCUCACGUAUCUAAUACGAGCAUGGGUCGAUCUGGAGACAUCUCUUGGUGCUGUUGCUCGCGUGAGAAGCUUUGGGAGGGAGACGCCCUGCGAACACCUCCCUUCAGAAUGUUCAAUACCGCCUAAUGAAUGGCCGAGAAAUGGUGUUAUUCAAGUAAAUAACCUAUCAGCUAGCUAUAAAGCUGGAACGGAGCUUGUACUGGACGGAAUAUCUCUCGCUAUCGAGAAAGGUCACAAGCUUGGCAUCUGUGGCCGCACAGGCAGCGGCAAAAGCUCUUUUAUCCUCUCGCUCCUUAAGAUGGUAGAGAUUGAACACGGCGACAUUAUUAUAGACGACCAUUCCCUGGUGGCAAUGCCACGUGACACCCUCCGCCGCAGAGUAACGGUCAUGCCACAAGAGCCCCUCCUCCUCUCUGGUACUAUUCGUUUCAACGUGGAUCCUUGGUCGGAGAACACUGACAAUGCCAUCAUCUCUGCACUCAAGGGGGUUGAUCUGUGGGAAGCUGUUUUGAGGCGUGGUGUUCUAGACACCAAAAUGGACGCCAACUCGAUGUCUCGCGGCCAGCAGCAGCUUUUCUGUCUGGCGCGAGCACUGCUAGGGCGGUCGCAAGUGCUGAUCCUUGACGAGGCUACAUCAAAUCUGGACGUAGCAACGCAGACUAAAAUGAUGGAUAUAGUGCAGAUGAAAUCUGCUAGUUGCACGGUACUCGUCGUCGCCCAUCAUCUAUACACAAUUGCAGCAUUUGACAGGGUAAUGGUACUUGAUCGGGGAAAGUUGGUGGAAUGGGGGGCACCAAGAGACCUUUUGGGGCGGCCAAGCAUAUUCCAAGAAUUGUAUAAUAGUCAGCGUUAA